GGUAAAACGUCCGGCCUCGCGACUGGUCAGAAUCGACAGAGGGCUUGCAGCCUCUUCUUGACUGUUUAUGGAAGACGACGUGUCAAGCGAUGUCACCGAGUUCGGCUACGACACGGAGGCAUUGCCUUGCCUCUUGGAGACCGAAUGGAGGCGUGCGAAGAAGGCUUACCGUGAUGGGCGCACGAUACUCUGAUCCAUAUACCGUUCCAGGACCACACGUAUAUCGGCAGCAGAUCAGGUCCGCGGCCCGCCUAUGCUUGGGCAAAACAGCGGUUUGCGAAGGAAUUGUGAGUCUACCCAAGCCCCUAGGUACGGAUAGAAAGGGAAGAGUGUGGUUGCCCACUCUUGCAGGGUUUUCCAUUUGCCCAAAGCAUUUCCAUGGCGCAAUACUCCUCAUGAGGGUUGGUGCGGAUCCGAUGAAGCUUGCCCUCGCCAUGUGCCAGCUUAUGGAAGGUAAAUCCUCCCGGUCUUCUGGAAGUGCCCAAACCGAACAAGCAUUUGUUGAUUCCGGUGUUGGAGUUCCUGCUUGCGUUGUGCGAAAGUUGGAGGUAUUGGCCUCCGUCCAAAUGCGUUGCGGUAGAGCAGGAAAUCCCCCUCUGCUCGAGUCGCGGAGUCUAAUUUUCCAAUACCACAUGCGGCUCCUAAGCGUCGUUCCCUAGGGGGACCUGUACCGCCCUGGUCCGUUGCCAUAUUUGAAGCGACAGACAGGACGGGCAAGCCGUUUCCUUGGCCGUAGCCAGCUAGUCGUGAACGAAGGCCGCAUGUCGAUCGUAGUGCGCACCACUUGCGACCUGGAUCUUCCCAUAUUCUUGCUGGUCUUACUUUCCGACGUCGAGAACAGGACGGGAAGGAUUACUGCUCAGGACUUGGGUGAUUCUACACUCCAGAGCGAUGUGGGAAAAGGCUAGUAUCCGCCCAGCUAUCCGCUCGGCUGGCAUUUCGGCAUUCGCCUUCCGAGUUCACACAUUAUGCUAAAUGGGCGAGCGAAUGGAAUUUGGCACUGACAUGCUUGAACAAUUUCUUGGAGUGGAGUAUGUCACUGUCAUUACUUGCGUCUUUGUCGUCUUCCUCUUGAGACUUCAAGAGGGCCGACUAGGACGUCUACUGAUCGG